ACCGGAUAUUACAUUUCGUGUCACGCAUGCGGAAUCCACUCGAGAACUGUCAUUGGCAACAGACGUGAGGAAUUUAGCAGUCGACAACACGCGUUAUAUUUAGAAUGGCGACAUCGGUAGAAGAAACCCUAAAAAGGAUACAGGCCCACAAGGGUGUGAUCGGCACAAUUGUCGUUAAUUCUGAAGGAAUUCCAAUAAGAACAACUCUUGAUAAUUCCACAACGGUGCAAUAUUGUAACUCACUGACCCUACUGACGCAGAAGGCACGUGGUGCAGUGCGAGAUAUUGAUCCCCAAAAUGACCUCACAUUUCUACGUGUCCGGUCAAAAAAGAAUGAAAUCAUGGUUGCACCAGAAAAAGAGUUCCUAUUAAUAACCAUACAGAACCCUCAGGAGACGUGAAUAUUCAGUCCCCCAUGGACCCUUACAGGAAUUGGACAAUAUAGGACUUCAGCUUAAACGACACGCCAAGGCAUUCAGAUUAUACAUACUGUAUACAUAUAAUUAUAUUUCACUACCGGUAAUUGGUUUUUUGUUUCAUAAUGGGUGUAAUCAUAGUCCAUCCAGAAAUUAAAUAUUUGAUAUUUUCAAUGGAUUUCUUGACAAAGAUGUAAAUACAAAUUUUUUGUUACUUUCAUGUAGCUUAAAAGAUUAUUUUCAUGGACUAUGAUACACUUUAAUAGCUUUUAGCUAAAAAUAAACAAUUAAAAUUUCAAUUUUGGAAUUAUUUGAAUUUGAAUUGAACAAUUACUUGUUAUAAGUCUGUUUUUGAAAUGGUUUUGGAUAAAAGGACCAGUAAAAGUUGACUGUUGACUGCCUACUUAUAAUAGUAUAAGGCCUCAGAGGCCAUUUCUAGUAUUGCCAACAAAUGUCAGUUAUAUGAAGCUUACAUUUGUAUGUUUGAAAUUUGUAUAAUGUUUUAAAAUGUUCAAACAUUCCUUCAACGAACACAGUAGACAGUUAAAUUUUGAUAUUUGUAUUAUACAUCCACGGGAGCUUGAAUUGAUUAGCAACUCUCUGUGAAAAAGAAUUCUUAAACUUGAUAAAAACUAGUUGUGCUUUGUAAUAUCAAUAUCCCGUUGUAAUAUCAAUAUCCUGUUGUAAAAGUAUCACCAUGGAAGAGUUCUCUUACUUCAGAAUCUGAUUCAAGCCACAGUGCUUUUCGUCAUAGUGGUUGGUUGUAGCCAAAACAUGUAUGGAUUUAGAUCUGCUUAUUCAUAGUAGUGAUCUGUCUUUUAUAUUGUGCUUAUUCUGUACGUUCUCCAUGUAGCUUACAAGUAACAUUUAACCAUUUCUGGUGUCGGUCAAUGCUGGAUCAAAUGGUAAAUAUUCCAUACCUUGUAAAUUAUAUAUUAUUUAUUGAUCUGUUUUGUUAGGUAUUUCACUUGUACCUAAAACAAUAGCAUCAUGAUUUUUACAUAUUUUAAGCAUUGCCUCUGUUUUCACUGUACUCAAUAACAAACAUAAAAAUAAACAAAAUUACUAUACUGAGA